AUGGCACCGUCCCCGCAUAGGCCGGUGACGCUGUCCCGCCCGUCAACCUGGAAUUUCGAUAUCGAUCGGUAUCUGAAUCCAUUCGUACCUGCGCCACCAUGGAAUCUUGUACCGCGACCUAUCGCCCACUUGCUGGGCUAUCGAGGCGAUGGCCCGAAACCGAUGGGCAACAUUCUGAUGGCUCUGUGGUCGUUGCUUGGAGCAUUUUGUGGCGUGGCCUUAGUGGCAUCAGUUUCCAAACGCGUGCCAUCUUUCGAAGCCCGUGAUGCACCAGCGAUUGUUGGCAGUUUUGGUGCCGCGGCAGUUCUUGAAUUCGGUACGAUUGAGUCGCCUUUCGCACAACCACGCAAUGCCAUCCUGAGCCAGAUUAUCGCUUGUUUCUUCGGCGUCGGGAUAUCGAAAUUGUUCGCCUUGAAUCCUCAUGCUGAAGCGUACACUGAGCUUGGGGGUGCUCUUGCUUGCGCUCUCACCACCGCCGUCAUGAUCAUUACCAACACGACGCAUCCGCCAGCGGGUGCGACUGCUCUGCUCGCAGUGACAAAUGCUGAGAUGGUUUCUCUGGGUUGGUUUUUGUUCCCAGUGAUAUUGCUCGGAGUCGCGCUCAUGCAGGCUGCCGCCGUGGUGAUCAACAAUGUUCAGCGUCGGUAUCCGUUGUACUGGUGGACGUCGCAUCCCCUGUCGACCCCUCAAGCCGAUGUUGAAAUGGCUCCUCGAAAAGCGUCAUCUCGUAUUUCUAGUCAUUAUGAGGACAGUUUAAACGACGUUCCUCGACAGUUAGUAAUAGAGCGCGGUGAGGUUUCAGUGCCCGAUGGGAUAUAUCUUUCUCCCGAGGAGAAAGAAGUCUUAGAAAAGAUCAGUGAGAGAAUCUAA